AACCGGGAACUUCCUAUAUAAAGACAAAAGCCUCCCAAAAAAGUCUUAGACAAUCCCGCUGAAAGGACUCUAUGGCCAGUACCAGCAGAGUACCCCGCGACGACGACGACGACGACGACUUCAUGGACAUCGAUACGCUCGACUACGACGCCGAAAUCGCCUUCAACCUCCAACUCGAAGAAGCCAUAACCGCCUCCCUCGCCCCUCAACCACCCUCCUCCGCCGCCCGAAACGACGCCGCGUCGGUACUCGUCCGACUGGAGCAGGCGCUCAAAGACCGCGUGCAGAGCGAGGUCGAACUGCGGCGGCCGAGGGACGAUCUCGCGCGUGUGAUUCACGACGCCAAGGUCGCGAGGGAGAUCACUGACAUUCCCGACGACGAGUGGGAACGGUCCGGCGGCGACUUCGCCAAGCCCUUCGACGGAGGCUCGUCGUCGGCGGCGGCAAGUGUGGAGAGCGAGGAGGGCGAGUUCAGGCUCUAUUUCAAGGGUUUGGUGAGCGAGGAACAGGUUGGGGAUCGGAAAUUGGUGCUGGCCGGGAUCGGAGUAGCAAUAUGCGACCCCAGGGAUAAUCUGGUCUUCGAGGUUAAGAAACCGCUGAUUGGGAAUGGGCUUAGUAGAAAUUCGGCCCAAUUGAAGGCCUUGAUCGAAGGGCUCACUGCUGCUCUGUCUUUGGGGCUGAAGCGAAUCACCUUCUUCUGCGAUAACAAUCCAAUCAUUCAGUUUGUUAAUGGGAAAUGGCCAGCAAAGCAGCGCAAGAUAGUAAAUCUUGUUAAUCAGGUUAAGAGCCUUCGAAGCAAGUUUACACAGUGCAACUCCAGGCUUGUGCCUCGGUUGGAAAUUAAGUUUGCAUUUAAACUUGCAAGAGAUGCCAUAGAGUCUCAGUCUCUGUCUCAGAUGAAGCCUGCAGAAUCUACCACUCACAAGAAUGUGAAAGAGACUUGCGUGAUUUGUAUGGAAGAUAGUGAUGUUAGUCAGAUGUUUUCAGUUGAUGGCUGCCUACAUCGAUAUUGCUAUUCUUGUCUGAAACAGCAUGUGGAGGUGAAGUUGCUUCAUGGGAUCCUUCCUAAAUGCCCUCAUGAAGACUGUAAGUCUGACCUUAGUGUCGACAGUUGUGCGAAAUUCUUGACACCUAAACAUGUUGACACUAUGCGUCAACGUAUAAAGGAAGCUUCAAUUCCUGCAACUGAGAGAGUUUAUUGCCCAUAUCCAAGGUGCUCUCUCUUAAUGUCAAAAAGCGAGGUUUUACAACAUGCUAAAAAAACCUUGAUGGGGGCUGUGGAACAAUCAGGACUUAGGAGAUGCAUGAAAUGUCACUACCUUUUUUGCAUCAAUUGUAAAGUCCCUUGGCACAGAAACAUCACAUGCGCUGACUACAAAAAGUCGAAUCCUAAUCCUCCAGAAGAGGACACAAAGCUAAAGUUCCUUGCCUCUAGUAAGCUUUGGCGCCAAUGUGUGAAGUGCAGCCAUAUGAUUGAACUUCUUGAAGGUUGCUACCACAUGACUUGCAGGUGUAAUUAUGAGUUCUGCUAUAAUUGUGGAGCUGAGUGGAAAGACAAGAAGGCAACAUGUACAUGCCCGCUGUGGAUUGAGGAUAAUAUUUUGCAUGAGGAUGAUGAUUUUGAUGGAGAGUCGGAUUCUGAAUCUGAAGUUGAAUUUGUAAGUGAGCAUGAUGGAUGCCCACUGUCAGAUGAGGAUAGCAGUUUGGAUGCCCAAGUUGAUAAAUAUUUUGAGGAGGAAGAAGAUGAGGACUACAAUGAUGAUGAAUAUCAAAGUGAAGAUGAGGAGGAAAAAGAAGUUGGAGGUCAUAAGUAUGAAAACGAUAGUGAAGAUGAAUAUGAAAGUGAAAGCGGUGUAAGUGAGAAAGAGGUUCAGGAGAGACAGGUUCAAGAGCAAUUUUUGGAGAAAGAUAUCGAGAAUCAUAUCUUGUCUGAUGAAGGUGAAUAUUAUGAGCUGGAGGAAGAAGAAGAUGACAACGACGGCGAGGACUUCAAUAAUAGUGAGUGUCAAAGUGAGGAUGAGGAGGAAAAUGAAGUUGGAGGUGAUGAAUAUGAAAACGAAGGCAUUGUAGUUGAGGAUGAGGUGCAGGAGGGACAGAUUCAAGAGGAGGUUUUGGACAUGGAUAUGGAGGAUCAUAGCUCGUCCCAUGACGAUGAUAUAUAUUUUGAUGAAGAGUAUGAGGAAGAUGAAGAGGAGAACUAUUGUGACUUCGAUAGUUGUGACUUUGACUCGGAUUUUUAGUUCCAUCCCCGAGCUAAUAAUUUUCCAGUAGGAAUGUGAAGUAGUAAUCAGCUGCCUCUUUGGCAUCGUUUGGUUGCCGGAAAAGAAAUUGGUUUCUUGGUCUUUUCCAUGAGCAUGGGACAGUAAAUUUCCUUACCAAUGUUUGGAAACACCAGAAAAGUAAUCGCAAAAUGUAUUUUAUUUUC